GUUCAGGGGGUGUUCAGGGUGCACAGGACUGAUGGGGCGCUCUGUUGCAGAGGAGGAGCGGCGAGUGCGAGCCAACGCGCGGGAGUACAACGAGAGGUUCCAGUAUGCGAGCAACUGCAUCAAGACCUCAAAGUACAACAUUGUCACCUUCCUGCCUGUCAACCUCUUUGAGCAGUUCCAGGAAGUAGCCAACACCUAUUUCCUCUUCCUCCUCAUCCUGCAGCUGAUCCCACAGAUCUCUUCACUCUCCUGGUUCACCACCAUCGUGCCUUUGGUUCUUGUCUUAACCAUCACAGCUGUCAAAGACGCCACUGAUGACUAUUUCCGCCAUAAAAGCGACAACCAGGUGAACAACCGGGAGUCUCAGGUGCUGAUCGGUGGAGUCCUCCGGCAGGAGCAGUGGAUGAAUGUACGUGUUGGAGACAUCAUCAAGUUGGAGAAUAACCAGUUUGUGGCGGCCGAUCUACUUCUUCUCUCCAGCAGCGAACCCCAUGGGUUGUGCUACAUAGAGACUGCAGAGCUGGACGGAGAGACCAACAUGAAGGUGCGCCAGGCCAUACCUGUCACCGCGGAGCUGGGGGACACCAGCAAGCUGGCUCGCUUUGACGGCGAGGUGGUCUGUGAACCCCCCAACAACAAGCUUGACAAGUUUGGUGGGACGCUGUACUGGAAGGAGAACAAGUACCCCCUGAGCAACCAGAACAUGCUGCUGCGAGGCUGUGUCCUGCGCAACACCGAGUGGUGCUUUGGCCUCGUCAUCUUCGCAGGGCCCGACACAAAACUGAUGCAGAACAGUGGCCGGACCAAAUUUAAGCGGACAAGCAUUGACCGGCUGAUGAACACACUGGUGCUCUGGAUCUUUGGGUUCCUGGUGUGCAUGGGAGUGAUCCUGGCCAUUGGCAAUGCCAUCUGGGAGCACGAGGUGGGCGUCUGCUUCCAGAUCUACUUGCCCUGGGACGAGGGGGUGCACAGUGCCUUCUUCUCUGGCUUCCUCUCCUUCUGGUCUUACAUCAUCAUCCUCAACACUGUGGUGCCCAUCUCACUCUACGUGAGCGUGGAGGUGAUCCGGCUUGGGCACAGCUACUUCAUCAACUGGGACAAGAAGAUGUACUGUGCCAAGCGCCGGACACCAGCUGAGGCCCGGACCACCACCCUCAAUGAGGAACUGGGGCAGGUGGAGUACAUCUUCUCUGACAAGACUGGCACCCUCACCCAGAACAUCAUGGUCUUCAGCAAGUGCUCUGUGAACGGGCACAGCUACGGUGACGUGCAGGAUGUGCUGGGUCACAAGGCGGAGCUGGGAGAGAGGCCAGAGCCAGUCAACUUCUCCUUCAACCCACUGGCGGACCCGCGGUUCCAGUUCUGGGACUCCAGCCUGCUGGAAGCCGUCAAGCUGGGAGACCCCCACGUGCACGAGUUCUUCCGCCUGCUCUCACUCUGCCACACCGUCAUGUCCGAGGAGAAGAGCGAAGGGGAGCUGUUGUACAAGGCACAGUCCCCGGACGAGGGAGCGCUGGUCACGGCUGCCAGAAACUUUGGCUUCGUGUUCCGGUUCCGCACACCCAAGACCAUCACGGUGCACGAGCUGGGUCAAGCCAUCACCUACCAGCUGCUGGCCAUCCUGGACUUCAACAACAUCCGCAAGCGCAUGUCUGUCAUCGUCCGCUGCCCUGAGGGCAAGAUCCGGCUGUACUGCAAAGGCGCUGACACCAUCCUUCUGGAGCGGCUGCACCCCAUCAACCAGGACCUGACCAGCGUCACCGCCGACCACCUCAAUGAGUAUGCUGCCGAGGGGCUGCGGACACUGGUGCUGGCUUACAAAGACCUGGAGGAGAGCUACUACAGGGACUGGUCUGAGCGUCUGCGCUGGGCUGGCAGUGCCUCUGAGGCCCGUGAGGAUUGCCUGGCUCGGCUCUACGACGAGGUGGAGCACGAUAUGAUGCUGCUCGGAGCAACAGCCAUUGAGGACAAACUGCAGCAGGGGGUCCCUGAAACCAUCGCCAUUCUGACGCUGGCCAACAUCAAGAUCUGGGUGCUGACGGGGGACAAGCAGGAAACAGCUGUGAACAUUGGCUACUCCUGCAAGAUGCUGACAGAUGACAUGACAGAGGUGUUCGUGGUCACAGGCCACACUGUGCUGGAGGUGCGAGAGGAGCUCAGGAAAGCCCGAGAGAAAAUGAUGGAUGCAUCGCGCUCUGUGGGCAAUGGCUUCUCCUACGAGGAGAAACUCUCCUCCUCCAAGCUCACUUCUGUGCUGGAAGCCAUUGCAGGCGAAUAUGCCCUGGUCAUCAAUGGGCACAGCCUGGCCCAUGCACUGGAGGCAGACAUGGAGGUGGAAUUCCUGGAGACAGCGUGUGCCUGCAAGGCUGUUAUAUGCUGCCGUGUCACACCCUUGCAGAAAGCCCAGGUGGUGGAGCUGGUGAAGAAGUACAAGAAAGGUGUGACCUUGGCCAUUGGUGAUGGGGCCAAUGACGUCAACAUGAUCAAGACUGCCCAUAUUGGGGUGGGCAUCAGCGGGCAGGAGGGCAUCCAAGCCGUGCUGGCCUCUGACUACUCCUUCUCCCAGUUCAAGUUCCUGCAGCGCCUUCUCCUGGUGCACGGGCGCUGGUCCUACCUGCGCAUGUGCAAGUUCCUUUGCUACUUCUUCUACAAGAACUUUGCCUUCACCAUGGUCCACUUCUGGUUUGGCUUCUUCUGCGGCUUCUCGGCGCAGACCGUGUACGACCAGUACUUCAUCACACUGUACAACAUUGUCUACACGUCGCUGCCCGUGCUUGCCAUGGGUGUCUUUGACCAGGAUGUACCAGAGCAGCGGAGCAUGGAGUACCCCAAGCUUUAUGAGCCUGGGCAGCUGAACCUGCUCUUCAACAAGCGGGAGUUCUUCAUCUGCAUCACCCAGGGCAUCUAUACAUCUGUCCUCAUGUUCUUCAUCCCCUACGGCGUCUUCGCUGAUGCCACCCGUGACGACGGUGCCCAACUGGCUGACUACCAGUCCUUUGCCGUCACCGUUGCCACCUCCCUUGUGAUUGUUGUCAGUGUGCAGAUUGGGCUGGACACAGGAUUCUGGACAGCCAUCAACCACUUCUUCAUCUGGGGUAGCCUGGCCACCUACUUCGCCAUCCUCUUCACCAUGCACAGUGACGGCCUCUUCCGAAUGUUCCCCAACCAGUUCCGCUUUGUGGGCAACGCACAGAACACGCUAGCCCAGCCCACAGUCUGGCUGACCAUCGCUCUCACCACUGUGGUCUGCAUCAUGCCUGUUGUGGCCUUUCGCUUCCUCAAGCUGGACCUGAAACCUGAACUCUCGGACACGGUGCGCUACACUCAGCUGGUUCGGAAGAAGCAGAAGACGCAGCACCGGUGCGUGCGGCGCGCAGGGCGUGUGGGCUCACGCCGCUCCGGCUACGCCUUCUCCCACCAGGAGGGAUUCGGAGAGCUAAUCAUGUCUGGCAAGAACAUGCGGCUCAGCUCCUUGGCGCUCUCUAGCUUUGCCUCCCGCCCCAGCACCAGCUGGAUCGAGACCCUGUGGAAGAAGAAGGGCAGUGAGGGCAGCGGUGCCAGCAGUCCCAGUGGCACAGCUGACAAGACCCUCAAGGUGUGAGGGUGGAGGGUCACAUCCCCUCCAGUGCAGCCAGGGCCCCCUUUCCUCUCCCCCUGACUCUGGGGAGGGCAAAGCCCUUUGUCGAGAGGGUCCCAUGGUGGGAGCACAGGUCAUGUGGGCAUCAAUGCUGAGGUUUGGAGGAGUCUGGACUAUCACACUGUAGCCAAAAAAUAUACUCUUUCCCUCCCUGGGGCGGAUGGAUGGACAGACUGACCUCACCCCCCAUUCACUCCUCUGUCAGUAUUCACUUCCACGGAGUGCAAAUGCCCCAUCACAUACGAAUGUAUCCAUGCCAGAGGUGGAGGGGCCUGGGGGGCCUGUGGCCCCCUCGCCAUCCCUCACCCACGUGUCUUCUUUUUAUAUAAACAAAGGGAAAAAACACCCACAAAAAAAUAGCAACCAA